CCCUAUUAAAAUAACUUUAAUGUACCAGUAUAACAAAUGUGCGUUCUGUCUCCAUGCACUGCAGCUGAACGAGCUGGUUGUAGGAGACACCAACGGGAAGCUGUUUGUGUACAAGAACGAUGACUCCAAACCCUGGGUCACAAGAAGCUGUGUGGGCAUGCUGACCUGCGUUGCAGUUGGAGAUGUGUGCAACAAAGGAAGGAACUUUGUGGUGGCCGUUGGUGCGGAGGGCUGGUUCCACCUAUUCGACCUGACAGCUGCCUCUGCUAGUAAAUCAGAUUCAUCCAGUCAGCAUGAAUUCAUGUCCCCCGAUGACCAGAAGCCCCUCUUCACCCAACAUAUUCCCGCCAACACUAAAGUCAUCCUCAUAAGCGAUAUUGAUGGAGAUGGCCGCAAUGAGCUGGUGGUGGGAUACACAGACCGGGUGGUGAGAGCGUUCCGCUGGGAGGAGCCGACUGAGGGCUCAGAGACGGGAACCGGUCAGCUGGUUCUGCUAAAGAAAUGGCUUCUGGAGGGGCAGGUGGACAGUCUGUCGGUGAACCCCGGUCCGGAGGGUCUGCCGGAGCUGAUGGUGUCUCAGCCCGGCUGCGGGUACGCCAUUCUGCUGUGUUCCUGGACCCAGCAGGACUCCUGUAGCUCGGGGGAGGAGGCCCCCCCCACCCCCGGGAGUGAGGGACCCUCCAGAGAUGUUGUUCUCCAUCUGUCCACCGGGCGGAUACACAACAAGAAUGUCUCCACGCACCUGAUCGGCAGCAUCAGUAAAGGUUCAAAAGAGGAGUCGUCUAAAUGUGGGCUGUUUGCUCUCUGUACGUUAGAUGGUAAGUCAUUCAUUUAAAAAAAUGGCUCUUUU